AUGACAAGAUCCGCAGAAACUUACUCCGCUGCAGAGGAAAUCAAAGGUAAGGAUGCUAGACCAACAACUCAACCCAGUGGCUGGCAAUUAGUAAACACUUCCCUGUCUCCUGAGUCAAGACAACAUACUGAAUUCACAGGAAAGGAACACCUCAACAGGCGUGUAUUGUUUCGAAGGAAGAGGUCCAUCCUGUUUCCUAGUGGAGUUAAAAUUUGUCCAGAUGAGACUGGUGAGCAGGCCAUUGCCAACCAUCUGAAAUACUUCAAACUCCGAGUGUGCCAGGAAGCAGUCUGGGAGGUCUUCAAGACAUUCUGGGAUAGACUUCCAGCACGUGAAGAAUAUCAGUACUGGAUGAGUUUGUGUGAGGAAGGAACUAUGAGCAUAUUUGAAAUGGGCACAAACUUCAGUCAGUCUGAAGAGCACCAGAGCCUGAUUAAGAAGAAACUGUCCUAUAUGAAAGAAGCAAUGGACAGUGCCUGCAGCGAUUGGUCCUGUGGCUCUGGAAUUCCAACACCUUCUCCAGCUGCUGAUGCUACCACAUUAAGAGAUGCAGCUGCCAAUGUCCCACCCCCUCAUGAGGUCUCCAUUGAGAGUCCAUCAGAUUAUACCUUCAACAAGAAUGAAGACUCAGAUGCUAGCAUCAACAAUGAGAUAAAGAAGGAGGAUGGGAAGCUGACGAAACCUGUUCCUGACCAGAUGGUUGAGUUCAGCAUCCUUAUUUUGGGAGAGAAAUACACUGAAGAAUUGAGUGACCCAUCCACCAUGCAGCAUCAGCUACUCUCAGAACAGUUUAUUUCCCAGGUAAAAAAUGCAUUUGAAGAAUUACCUGGAUACAAUAAUAUCCAUGUGCUGGAAUUCAGGUCUCCUGAUGAUGACAGUGGUGUGGAGGUUCACUAUGCUGUCACGUUUGUUGGGGAAGCCAUCAGCAAUGCCACCUGGGACCUUAUUAACCUUCAUUCCAACAAAGUGGAGGACAACUCCUUCAUAGAACUUGAGGAUAACCCAACUGUUGUUUACACAAUCAGUGACUUCAGAACUUAUAUUGCUGAAAUCCUUCAAAAGAACUCUUUGCUUGAAAACAUCUCUUUGACCUUGGACCCUGACUCUCUCCAGCUCAUUAAUGUGAAAGAAGUUCUCUCCCCUGCACCUGAAGACACAUCCAGGAUUACUGAAAAUCCAACUGUUCUUGAGUCUCCAGAAGCUGAUGAUAAUGCCCUUUUAGCUGAGUGGCCCUCUGCAGAUGCAACAACUGCAAGCAAUAUCUUGCCACUUGAUUUCACCAAACCAGGUUUCACCUUUGAUAGCGAACAGUCCAAUGGCAAUGAAAUCUGGUUAAGAUCCGAAAACCUGGACUCUGAGAACAACUUGAAUUCAACACCAAAGGCUGUCCUCACUUCUUCUCCUGGUGGGAUGAGUCUAGAGGAAGGGGGCCAGACUCUUCAUUCUGGCACCCCAUCAAUGUUAGAAAAUGGCUCCCCUGUGGACUCUGAGGAAUGGCUGUCUAUCCCUGCUUCUUUAGAAGAGUUUGAAGAUGCUGGAGUGUCGGAAGGCUUUCUUCUGCCUUCCAGUCUACACCCUCAUCUUGCGCCAAAAGAAAUGCCAUCCACAGACACUUCUGUGGUUUCUCCGACUUCUAUACCAACAAUGGCCUCUACAUCAGAAACAAAGCCUAAUAAUGAGGGAGUGAUCUCUACAGAGAAGGCAAGAGAAGCCACGCCCAUUGACAUAGACUCUAUAUCCCAUGACAGUCUGGAGGACGGAGAAGUAUAUUUAGAGGUGAACCCUCUGCAACCCGAUCUGUAUCCAGGAGGAGAAAUUAUAUAUGAGGAUGGAUCUGGAUCAGCAUUUGAUGCUUCAGGUCAAGAGGCAUGGCCGUGGGGCAUAGCAACAUUAGAGCCAGUUUUCUACCAUCUUCCUGAAAGCUGGCUGAAAGAUAAAAAUGAUUCUCUGUUAAUCAGAGCACAGGAUACUCCUGAGGAACAGAUCCUAGAUUAUAUCAUUGAUUCUUUAGAGAAAUUAAAUGGUAAUCCUGAGGAUGGAGGCAUGACCAAUGCAAGAGGAGAAUUCACUGAUGACUCUGAAUCAAAUGUACCUGGACUUUCAGAAACUGCAACUCAGCAGGUGCCUAUGUUAUGGACACAAGAAACCUUGAAUGUGGAACUGUCCAUGCAAACAUCAGAGGCAUCAGGCAUGUCUGAUUAUUCUUCAUCCUUUGCAAAUGAGCCCUCAGUGGACUAUUCUUCUUUAGAUAUGGCAGAUGAACAGACCUCCAUCUCACCACAUGAAAAAGAUAGCUCUAUAGAAGGUCAUCUCCUUACAUCUACAGGGACAUUCAAUGUAAAACAAGCUGAAGAUUCCAGUGAGGAUCAUCAAAUCAUUUAUGAAGCAGUAGGAAACCAAAACAGGGAAGGGACAAAGCCAGAAGAACCAUCCACAAUGGUCCAGUCAGGUGUAGCUGUUACAAUAGGACAUCAAGACAUGGAUUCCUCAUGGACUGGGCUCCUCAAGCCAGAAAUAGUCCUGACAGCAACUCCUAUGAUGGAAAAAAUAGUCACUGAUGUUUUAAUGGAGGAGCAGCAAACUCCAGAUUUGCACUUGACAACUCAACAAGCUUCUGGAUCACUUGCUGUGAAACCAAUAAAUAUUUGGCCUACUCACAACACUGAAAGGGCAUCUGAGAAACCUGCAGAUGAAGACAUGCAAUUUGAAGCACCGACUAGGGUUGAAGUUUCAACCAUAGCUCCUUAUUUACUGGAGCUGGCCACUGGUUCAGAGGAUUUUACUGGACGGUCUAGUACAGACCAUGAUACUAGUACCCCUAGUAGCUUAAAUACGGCAGUGGGUUCUUUUGCAACAGUGACUAUAACGAAGAAUCCUAUUGGUUCUCUGUCCAGUUUCCCUACUACACAAUAUACAGUAUCUCAGCCUACGGUUAGCUCAACAAAAUUGGGGGAGGACAUGACUACGAGAGUACAGGAUACUUCAGUGGAUCUGGAUCAUGUGGGCACAAUGUUGUAUCCUCACGAGAUGAACCUGGAAGAAAGAAGUGUGAUUGAUAGUCGCAUGGAGGUAUCUACUAAUGUCCACUCCACAGAGAUGGCCAGCGUAGCUUGGCCCACGCAUGCAAAUCGCAACACUACCACGUCCUCACGAGCUUUAGUGGUGUUCUUUAGCCUCCGUGUUACCAACAUGAUGUUUUCAGAGGACCUUUUCAAUAAAAAUUCCCCAGAAUAUAAGGCACUGGAGCAACGAUUCUUAGAACUGCUGGUUCCCUACCUCCAGUCCAAUCUAACAGGUUUCCAGAAUCUCGAAAUCCUGAACUUCAGGAAUGGCAGUAUUGUAGUGAACAGCCGCAUGAAGUUUGAAAAACCUGUGCCUCGUAAUGUCACGAAUGCGGUCUAUAUCAUUCUGGAAGACUUCUGCAACACUGCCUACCAGACCAUGAACCUGGCUAUUGACAAGUACUCCCUGGACGUGGAAUCAGGAGAUCAAGCGGAUCCUUGCAAGUUCCAGGCUUGCAAUGAGUUCUCCGAAUGCUUAGUAAAUCGCUGGAGUGGUGAGGCAGAGUGUGUGUGUUAUCCUGGCUAUCUAAGCAUUGAAGGAUUGCCCUGUAAUAGCAUCUGUGACCUGCAACCAGACUUUUGCCAAAAUGAUGGGAAAUGCGACAUAAUCCCAGGACAAGGGGCCAUAUGUAGAUGUCGUGUAGGUGAGAACUGGUGGUACAGAGGAGAGCACUGUGAAGAGUACGUCUCGGAGCCAUUGGUUGUGGGUAUCGCAAUUGCUUCAGUGGCUGGCUUCCUUCUUGUGGCAUCUGCUGUCAUUUUCUUCCUGGCCAGGACCCUUCGAGACCAGUACUCAAAAAGUGACACUGAGGACUCAUUAGGGCAGGGCGAUAGCCUCUCCUCCAUUGAGAAUGCAGUGAAGUACAACCCUAUGUAUGAGAGUGAUACCACUGGGUACAGCCACUACUAUCGGAGAUACCCACAGCUCACCUCAUACAGCUCUACCAGUGCAGAGACAUCCACAGACUACAGCAGUGAAGAGAUAAGGCACAUUUAUGAGCAUAGUGAGCUCACAAAGGAGGAAAUCCAGGACAGAAUACGGAUUAUAGAGCUUUAUGCCAAAGAUCGGCAGUUUGCAGAGUUUGUUAGACAACAUCAAAUGAAGCUGCUUUAA